CGGCUCGAGAGGCUUUGUAAAGGGUCACGUUGCGCUGCAGCAGUUAAACAGGAGACAGCUCCGCAUCUCUCACCUACAGCUCACCUGCUCUAUCAACUGAAGACAUCAACAAACAGCCACCAUGACUCACCAGUACCCCGCACUGACUGCUGAGCAGAAGAAGGAGCUGCAGGAGAUCGCUCAGAGUAUAGUGGCUCCAGGAAAAGGCAUCCUAGCUGCCGAUGAGUCCACUGGCAGCAUGGCGAAACGCCUGAACCCCAUCGGGGUUGAGAACACGGAGGAGAACAGGCGUCGCUACCGCCAGCUGCUCUUCACCGCUGACGAGCGCAUCGACAACUGCAUCGGAGGGGUCAUCUUCUUCCAUGAGACCCUCUACCAGAAAAGCGACGAUGGCGUUUGUUUUUCUAAGCUCAUCAAAGACCGCGGCAUUGUUGUUGGCAUCAAGGUUGACAAAGGUGUCGUACCACUUGCUGGAACAAAUGGAGAGACCACCACCCAGGGUUUGGACGGGCUCAGUGAGCGCUGUGCUCAGUACAAGAAGGACGGUGCAGACUUUGCCAAGUGGCGUUGUGUGCUGAAGAUCAGCGAGACCACGCCAUCUCAGCUGGCCAUCCUGGAGAAUGCGAAUGUACUGGCACGAUAUGCAAGCAUCUGCCAGCAGAAUGGCAUCGUCCCAAUUGUGGAGCCAGAGAUCCUGCCUGAUGGGGAUCAUGACCUGAAGCGUUGCCAAUAUGUCACAGAGAAGGUCCUUGCAGCGGUGUACAAAGCUCUGUCUGACCACCAUGUGUACCUGGAGGGAACAUUGCUGAAACCCAACAUGGUCACCCCUGGACACUCCUGUCCUACCAAGUUCUCCAGCGAGGAAAUCGCCAUGGCUACCGUCACUGCCCUGCGCCGCACUGUACCUCCAGCCGUUACAGGAGUGACUUUCCUUUCGGGUGGUCAGUCUGAAGAGGAGGCUAGCGUGAACCUCAAUUCCAUCAACACCUGCCCCCUCAACAAGCCCUGGGCGCUGACUUUCUCCUACGGCCGAGCCCUGCAGGCCUCCGCCCUGAACGCAUGGAAAGGAGACCUGAAUAAGGAGAAAGCUGGCACCGAGGCUUUCAUCAAGCGGGCCCAGGCUAACGGGCUGGCUGCCCUUGGAAAGUACAAGUCCUCUGGAAGUGCUGGUGCUGCUGGUCAAUCCCUCUACGUGGCUAACCAUGCCUAUUAAACUUUAACGACCACAUUCAGCUGUGGCCUAGUGCUAGUCUUAAUAUCUGCUCUGCUAUUCCCUUCUCACUCCUCCAUCAGACACAGGCCUGCGCUGUCUACUGUACUUUGUUAAUAGUUAUUAACAUUACAUUAUUAGAUGUCUAUUUAAAAUCUAUGUAAGAAUGCAAUACUAAAGGGAACAGGUUUUCAUUUUUAUUUCAACAAAUAAAUCCAGACAGGUUUGAGACAAUUAAUGACUGAAGUGUUGAAUUUCAUGUCUAGCUCUGGUUAGACUCUGAGAUUAAUGCAGAAUGUAAUCCAGAGAAUCUGUCAGUAUUCCUUUCUUGCCUCUUCAUAAGUGCUCCUCUCUCUCCACGUUUGGUUCCUUCUCCGUCAUUGGUCCUCUCACAUCGGCUCCCCAGCAGUUCAGAUCAGCAAGUGCGCAUCGGUGUUUCGCUUCAGUCAGAACCCAGCGUUGGCCCUUCGUUUAACUACUGUACUAACAUUCACACUAACUGUGGGACCAACCAACCAAUAGUGGCAUCAGUGCAUCCGUUUUAAGGGUAAAACGAGGAGCUGAGCAGAGCGAAGUCGAAAUGUUGAACUUGGAAGUUGAUCUUGUGUAGUUCAUCGGUGGGUCCAGCAGAGGUCACUAGACACGGUGUACUGUAAUAAACGUUGCACACCAGUAAUCGUUUUUUUUUUUUGUUUUUUUUUUUUUCCCCCUUGUGCUCCUUAUUACCAUUAUCAACAAAAACGACCAUCACGUGUGUCUUCUCAGUAUAACAUUAGCUUUGAAUUACACUUGGUAAAUAUCGUAUUUAGUUGUGUGACGGUGUCUAUGUGAUUUCUGUGUGCCACCCGCCCCCUGCCUGACCAUCCUGUUUCCCCCCUGCCUGCCCCACGGAAAGAUUGGAAGAAUUUCUAUCGAUGCAGACAUGGACCAACACAUGGGGGUCAGCAGCGCAGAAACGGUCACUGCUUUGUUGGAUUAAUGUGUUUGUGAUGUUAUUGUUCUUGAAACAAUCGGUGUGUCAAAUAGUGGAGAAAUAAACUAAAAUACACAUUAAAACUAAA